CUAAGCAGCAAAAAUGAACAGUCUAUGCUGGUAGGCCUGCAGAAAACCGUGAGGUGCAAAUGGACUGCAGAAAACAUGAAGCAUGCACGCUCUUGUUUCCAAACUUUACCAUUCUAAGCAAGGUGAACUUUUAUAAAUAGAAAAGUCUACAUGUACUGUACAUUUUACGUAUACAGUGUGUACCAAAGGGUGCAGGAAAAUUGCUGCUACGAUUGCGAGUGUAAUGUUCUGUCGCUGCGACAGGCUGAGGCUAUUCCGACAUUACUAGCCUAGAGAUUGUUGUUGCCUAUAGAGACUAGCCAGUUGAGACGGCCGUUGUUUCGUCAACAAACUGGAGACACGUGUUGCUCCAGUAGUCCAGUGUUGCUAGCUGUCUCAGAUCUGAACUGUCUCAGUGUGAGGAUGCCGUUGUUCGCGGUCUCGUCAUAAACAGUAGUCGCCGUCAUAUUGACUGCUGUCAAGGGAAUGCUGUCAAGAGAACGUGGAUCAAGAGAACGUGGAUCAAGGGAACGUGGAUCAGCGAACGUAACUGAACAAACAAAGGCAGACAUAAAGAGGAAAGAACUGGAAUUCAUCAAGCGCAAGGAGUCUUUGCUGUCACCAAAGGGACGUGCGAAACGUGCACAAAAGAAGCUUGACCCUGACUUCGCAGAUGCAAAUGAGAGCAAGAAAGUAACGCCCUCAACAUCAUCGCGUAAUCCAUCUGCAGUCAUGAAGAAGGACGCAGAGAAAAAGAAAGUGCUUGGCCAAGCCAACAAAAAUAGAGAAAUUCUCGAAAAAAUACGACAAAAACACAGUCUGAAGGAGCAAUCAAGUGACGGUCCAGCUGUUGACCGUGGCAACCCAGUGAAGCCUUUAAGCGUGUCAACGUCCUCAGGCAGAAGUAGCAGCAGUCAGAAGACUGAAAAGCAUUCAAACAAGACACCAACCACCACCAGUAAGAGUGACAGCAAGAGCAACAACCAUCAAACGAAGAGGCAUCAUGUGGAAGUCCACGAGAAUGAAAAGAAAAAUCAACAUCAAGAGCAACUUCGCUCUCAGCCAAAGAGAUUAAAAGGGAGCUCUGGUGUGACAACAUACGCAGAGUCAUCUGAAACCAGCGACGAAGAAGGGCGACUCGUAGAUCUUGGUGCGGAUAGGCUUGCUUUUAAGGUGAUGGCACUACGACGUGAGAAGGCCAGGCUACAGGAACAUGUGAAGGAAUACCAGGAGAUGAAUUAUGUCCUGCAGAAAGAGCUGCCUGAAUUGAUUAAAACAAACAGCAAGUGCAAGGAAUGCCAAGGCAAGAUGCGAAAACAGCCAAGGACUCAACAUCAGCCAGCUAUUGUGUUUGAAGAUAUGGGAAUAGACAUAUCUGAUGACGAAAGCAGCCCAGCACCCUCUGCCACCACACUGGAAAUUGAAGUGGCUGCCGAGCCAGCCAUUUUAACUUCUAAAGCUUGCCAUGCACCGCCUAUGCCAGCAUCACCUGCUGCUUCAGACUCAGAGUUGGAUGCAAUCCCUAAAGGAAGCAUUGCCUUGCCUGCCACCGCUACCACUGCUUUGCCAGCCACCACCGCUAAUGUUGCUUCAGUUGCUCCACAAACCAAAACUGCUUCUGCACCAGCACCAGACACUUCAGUUCCUGAUGUUGACAAACUUGAGGACGCUUUUCCCUUGCUGAACGAAGCAACCACCAUUGCAGCAAAGAAGAAACAGAAGUUUGGAAAAGUUGUGGGGAUCCUCUUGCGUGCUCUUUUUGAUGACACGGAGAUAGGGCCAGAGACAACCCAAGCCUCCCUUGAUGAAAGAAGGUUGAAUCUAAUAAGGCGGCAUAUUUUGAAGCACUUCAUCGGUGAAGGUGGGAAUGCUCUGAAAACAUCGCUGAUAAACGUUAAGAUCACGCAGGCUAUCAAGUACCUGAAAAAGCAAGCAGAUCAAGAUACUAGUAGUGGAAAGUAGUCCUUUGGCUAUGAACUUUUGGACUGUAGUGUUGAUGCAGCUUGGAUUUUUUUCUUGGGAUACUAUUUUAAUUGUGACUGUUGGAUUUUGGACUGUUGAUACAGCUAGAAUUGUGUGAGUGAGGUGAUGAUUGGAAGGUGAUA